AGCUUUUGCCUGGCUCGAAGUGCGAACAGGUUCCGACUUGAUUCGGCGCCAUGAUGCAGCUGUGCAGACCAAAGGGCUCGGCCCUCCGCCUCCUGGCGACCCGCGGGUUUUCCUUGUCCACCGCCCCGCCCUCCGGGCCGCUCGCAGGACUUCGCAUUCUUGACCUCUCCCGGAUUCUGGCAGGCCCCUCUGCCACAAUGCUGAUGGCUGAUAUGGGAGCAGAGGUGAUCAAAGUGGAGGCGCCCAAGUCUGGUGACGACACCCGGCGCUAUGCGCCUCCGUUCCUGCAAAAAGAGCCUGGCCAGGAUUCCGACGUGGCGGCGUACUUCUCGAGCUGCAACAGGAACAAGUACAGCAUCGCGGUGGACUUCAAGACGAAGGAAGGCCAGGAGGUUGUGAAGCACCUGCUGCAGACCAGCGACGUGCUCAUUGAGAACUUUAAGGCUGGCGGCCUGGCGAAGUAUGGCCUUGGGUAUCCUCAGCUGAAGGACGACUUUCCCAACCUCAUCUACUGCAGCAUCACCGGCUUUGGCCACAGCGGCCCUUACAGCAAGAGGCCUGCUUACGACAUGCUCAUCCAGGCCAUGGGCGGAUCCAUGAGCCUCACGGGGGAGCCGGACGGCGCUCCCAUGAAGACCGGCCUGUCCCUUUUCGACCUCACCGCGGGCCUCCAUGGAGUGAUUGGUAUUCUGGCGGCGCUAAACAACCGCCACAACACCGGGCUGGGCCAGCACGUCGACAUCUCCAUGCUGGACGUGGCAGUGGCGUUGCUCGCGAACCAGGGCAUGAAUUACUUGGCCAAGAAGCAGCGGCAGAAGCGGGUCGGGAACAACCACCCCAACGUGGUGCCGUAUCAGGUCAUGCCUGCGAAGGAUGGUUACUUCAUCCUCACGGCGUCCAACAAUGAUCAGUUCGAGCGCUUUUGCAAGGUGGCGGGCCGUAUGGAUCUCAUGGAGAAUGAGAAGUUCAAUACCAUGAAGGCCCGGGUGGUGCACCGGGACGUGGUCACCCCUACGCUCAACGAGAUCACCAGCCAGCACGAGAAGCUCUGGUGGUUGGAGCAGCUCGAGAAGGAGAUGGUGGGCUGCGCCCCUAUCCUGCACUUGGACGAGGUCUUCUCAGAUCCGCAUGUGCAGCACAGGGAGAUGGAGAUCCAGAUGAACCUUCCGGGUUUCACCGAGCCCGUGUCCCUGAUUGGAUCCCCCAUGAAGUUCUCCAGGAGCAAGGUGGACUAUCGACUUCCGCCGCCGAGGGUGGGCGAGCACACGGAGCAAGUCUUGAUUGACGCAGGCAUGUCGCAAGAUCAGAUCGAAGACCUGCACGAGAUCGGCGCCAUCGACAACGCCAAGUUCGAAGUUCCGGGUGUCGUGCGACCCCUUGCACGAAAGAAGCGACGCGUGGUGGAGGUCAGCGACAGCCACAACAUGCCCUACGCCUUCCAGGGCAACACUUGGGGCCACAUCAGCUCGGUGUCGGAUCCUCGCGUGGCCGUGGGCGGUUUGGAUGUCGAGGAUGAGGACAUCACGGAGCUUGACACUUUUGGCGGAGUCUUGCGAAGCAGCAUCGACGACCCCAUCAACGCCUUUCUGAAGGUCCGCGGCAGCGCGGAGGAUCCCGACGUCUUGUCUCGUUCCAAGUGAUGGAUGUGAAGACCAUGGCUGUUCUCACAGUGAGCGGCUUGCGAAAGCAAGCAACAUGAUAUCUUGAAUCCUUCGCCGGCUUUGCUGCAGGCGAAGGAUCGCUUCGACCCAGGAUUUUUCAUAUAGUUUUCCCUGGCUGUUUUUGGCGGGUGCGUA